AUUGUGUUUUGUGAUUUGCGUUUCGUUAGGUUUCUGAUUCUGCGUUUAUUAGUUCUUGUUUUGUAAAUCUGUAUUUUUUGUAACAACUCAUAAUUUAAACACUUCGUAACCUCAAAAAAUAUUUGAUAGUUUGUCACCGCUAUGCGCCUUCGACCAUAUAUCAUAUAGACUGGGCAAGGUGAGAUUUGUUUUGAAGCCAACAUGUGCAGGUGGGGCAAGGGGAAAUAAGGCUUGGUACGCGAAUUUGACUCUUAGGUACCCCUUCUCUGAUUGGUCCAUUCAAAAUAUUUCCAAGUGUUUCGUUAAUAUUCGUCAAACUUCGUGCUUCACGAUUGUGAUUAAAGGAUAAAAUUGUGAAUUUUGGGCUUAAAUUUACUUGUGAAUGGGUAAAAUCUGGUUCUUGCGUCGAAAUAUACAGGAGAAAGUAUUCACAAGGGGUAUUCAUCCGUAAUGUCAUCCGUAAGUAAGAAAAUACAGGUGUUAACCUAAAUCUGGAAACACACCAGUGGCGUCGUAACGUAUUCUGAUUUUCCGCUUUGAUACUGAAUAUUUUUGAAUAUUACAACUCUGACGACAUGUCAUAAGAUAGAAUUAGAAGUAUUUUAACUAAGGCAUUUUUUUUUGAAACUCGAAAACUUAAAUUAUUUCUGAAACUUGUAAUGUUUUUUCAAUUGUUUGCCCCUUGACUACGAGCUGCCAUUGAACAAGGAGUAAGCUUCCUCUUGCCCCUCACUCCUCGCACCCAUACAUGUUGGCUUCAAACAACCUGCCUACAAACUCGCUUUACGGCGAGUCUAUAUGAUAUAUGGUCGAAGCUAUGCGCCUGCUAUGUAAACGUAGUGACAGAAAUGUCAGAUAACGCACACGCAAAUGGAGCUGAGCGCUACCAUACCUUCGACCAUAUAUGGUCGAAGUACCAUACCAACUAUAACACAGAGCUUCCAUUUUCUCGAACUUCGCGCAACUUGAAGUUUGUGUAGUGUUGACAGUUAGAAAUUUAACAAAACAAAGCAGUAAAAUGUCGAUUAUGUAUUUUUCGGAUCCUCUGAGUAAUCAAUUACAAGAGGCAAUAUUUAACGGUAAUCUAAACCAAGUUGAUAAAAUAAUCGCUGAAACACUCGCAAUUCAAUGGAAUCGUAUAGAACUUUUAGCGCAAGAAAACAGUGAAGAACUAAAUCGAUCUGACGAGCUUGUGCAAGUCGCAAAGAUUCGUAAACUAAAUAAGAAUGUAAUAACCACUGGAAGAUUUGACCGGAAUGAAACUACACCUUUAACUGCUGCUAUCUUAUCUGGAAAGUUAGACGAAGCCAAGGUGCUUUUAGAAGAAGGAACAGAUUCUUGCAAAGCAGACUCCAACCAACAAACUCCUCUUCUUGCAGCAGUGCGAUCUAAAAGUCUUGAAGCUGUGAGACUUUUGUUACAUUACGGUGCAAAUUUAACGAUUCCGACUGCUUUUCUGGAAGCUAUUAACUUGAAUUGUUCGGAAAUUGUUAAAUAUUUUAUAGAAAACGGAGCUGACGUCAAUAAACAGUAUCGAGACGGUUUCACACCCUUGACCAAAGCUAUAGACAAUGGAAAUGUGAAAAUAGUAAAAGUGCUUUUGAACAGUGGGGCUGAUGUGAAUUUGGCUAAUGAUGAAGGGGAGACUCCUUUAAGGAUUGCAACUAAUAAAAGAAGUAUUUUUAUUGUGUAUCUCUUAGUCGAGAAAGGCGCUGAUAUGGAUUUGGCUCGUGAAGAUCUAGAAGAAUUUGCAGAAGAUGAUGAAGAUUUUUACACCUAUUAUCAAAAUUUGCAGAUGAACAACUCCAACAGUUAUUGAAACAGAUUUUUGUCUUGGAGGCUAAGAAGAUGCGAACUACAUGCUUGAAUUGUGUAUUUUUAUUGUAUCUACAGGGUGCUCAAAAACUGGCGCACCAACUCAGUGGUACGUUGUUGAGAAGCAUGUGCAGAUCACGGGAAAAAUCUCGAAAAAAUUCUUAAUGUUAUAUUUUAAAAAAUCUGGAAUAACAAACUUAUUUUGCUAACUUCCUCAUUUUUUAUUAUUUUUUAAUGUUUCUAUGUUUCGCACUUAGUAAUCGUUCUCUAACAAAACGAUGAAUAAUUAUUUUUAAAUUUACUAUGAGAUCUUAGCAGUUUUUUUAAUUUAAAAAAAAUUAAAUUUAUCAAAAAAUCGUAGUUUGUAGAUGUGCCAACACUGGGAACUAUUUCCUAGGAAACCGUUUUAAAAAUAAUUUAUUUUUAUUGUUGAUCAAAUUCUAUUGCGAUCACGACUGUUAGGCAACGUUGCCACAUAUCAUUUAUUUAAAAUUUGUUAUUUAUCAAUAACUUUAAUACAAAGAAUUUUUUUACUAUUUUUACCUUUAUGUGUAAGCAAAUCUCUACCACACUCCAUUGAAUUGGUGCGCCGAUUUUUGAGCACCCGGUAUAUUGUAUCAUUGUAUUUUUAUAUUGAUUAAAUUUUACUGCAUU